CGGCAGGCGCGUCCGCGUCGCGGGCUGAGGUGGCCGGCUCCGAGCCGGGGGCGGGGCGCGCGGCGCAAUGGCCGAGGGCAGUGGGGAGGUGGUCGCCGUGCCCGCGACCGGGCCUGCCAACGGCCUCAACAAUGGGGCCGGCGGGACCUCAGCGCAGACCAACAACCCGCUGUCGCGGAAGCUGCGUAAGAUUCUGGACACGCGGCUGGACAACGACAAGGAAAUGUUGGAAGCUCUCAAAGCACUCUCAGCCUUUUUUGUUGAAAAUAGUUUGCGGACUCGAAGAAAUUUACGUGGAGAUAUUGAACGCAGAAGUUUAUCCAUCAAUGAAGAGUUUGUAAGCAUUUUCAAGGAAGUGAAGGAAGAGCUUGAAAGCAUAAAUGAAGAUGUUCAAGCAAUGAGCAACUGUUGUCAAGAUAUGACAAGUCGCCUCCAGGCUGCAAAGGAGCAGACUCAAGAUUUAAUAGUAAAAACCACUAAGCUUCAAGCCGAAAGUCAAAGAUUAGAAAUAAGAGCACAAGUUGCAGAUGCCUUCUUAUCCAAAUUCCAGCUGACUGCUGAUGAAAUGAGUCUUCUCCGAGGUACAAGAGAAGGACCUAUUACGGAGGAUUUUUUCAAGGCCCUAGGAAGAGUAAAACAGAUUCAUAAUGAUGUCAAAGUUCUCUUGCGUACAAACCAACAAACAGCAGGUUUAGAAAUUAUGGAACAGAUGGCCUUGCUUCAAGAAACGGCUUAUGAAAGGCUUUACCGAUGGGCUCAAAGUGAAUGCAGAACAUUGACACAAGAAUCAUGUGACAUUUCUCCAGUACUAACUCAGGCAAUGGAAGCCCUGCAGGAUAGACCUGUCUUAUAUAAGUAUACUUUAGAUGAGUUUGGAACAGCCAGAAGAAGUACAGUUGUUCGUGGAUUUAUUGAUGCUCUUACAAGAGGGGGCCCAGGAGGCACACCUAGACCCAUUGAAAUGCACUCCCAUGAUCCUUUGAGAUAUGUAGGAGAUAUGUUGGCUUGGCUCCAUCAGGCUACUGCUUCUGAAAAAGAACACCUUGAAGCUCUCUUAAAGCACGUAACUACACAAGGUGUUGAGGAGAAUAUUCAGGAAGUUGUUGGACAUAUUACUGAGGGUGUGUGCAGACCUCUAAAGGUUCGAAUUGAACAAGUAAUAGUUGCUGAACCUGGAGCAGUUUUAUUAUACAAAAUUUCUAACCUCCUUAAAUUUUACCACCAUACAAUCAGUGGCAUUGUUGGAAAUAGUGCAACUACAUUACUGACUACCAUUGAAGAAAUGCAUUUGCUGAGCAAAAAAAUAUUCUUCAAUAGCUUGAGUCUUCAUGCAAGUAAAUUAAUGGACAAGGUUGAACUCCCGCCACCUGAUCUUGGACCAAGUUCUGCGUUAAAUCAGACGCUCAUGCUGUUGCGUGAAGUGUUAGCAUCUCACGACUCUUCGGUCGUACCUCUGGAUGCCCGUCAGGCUGACUUUGUGCAGGUUUUAUCAUGUGUCCUGGACCCUCUCCUCCAGAUGUGUACCGUGUCAGCCAGCAGUUUAGGCACAGCUGACAUGGCCACGUUCAUGGUCAAUUCACUGUAUAUGAUGAAGACCACUUUAGCGCUGUUUGAAUUCACCGACAGACGUCUGGAAAUGCUACAGUUUCAGAUUGAAGCACAUUUGGACACGCUUAUAAAUGAGCAAGCCUCUUACGUUUUAACUAGAGCAGGCCUGAGUUACAUCUAUAACACUGUGCAGCAGCACAAACCUGAACAGGGCUCCUUAGCUAAUUUGCCCAACCUGGAUUCUGUGGCACUGAAGGCUGCAAUGGUUCAGUUUGAUCGCUAUCUGUCAGCCCCAGACAACCUGUUAAUGCCACAGCUGAACUUUCUCCUAAGUGCCACAGUGAAAGAGCAGAUCACAAAGCGGUCUACUGAGCUCGUCUGCAGGGCCUACGGUGACGUGUACGCGGCCGUAGUGAACCCGGCCAGCGGAUACAGGGAUCCAGAGAGCAUUCUGCACCGAUCACCGCAGCAAGUGCAGGCACUUCUCUCGUGAUUCUUUUCUUUGACUGUGGUAGCAAAAUACUGCGUUCCUAAAACACUGAAGGUUUUCUUGGUUUUUAGUCUGUUAAUCUUUACGUUUGAAAUUUUCUUUGUGACAUAAGAAUGUAGGUCCCAAUAAUUGCUUUGCUUUGGUCACGAUAACAUGAAUUACAUAACAGGUGUUGACCUGAGUCAGCCUUGCUCAGUAUCUGCGCUCCACGUGGAGAUGCUCUGCUCUCUACGAACCGUCUCUUCAGCUCUGCAGGUUCCCCUCAAUUCUGGAAUAUAAAUAUAUGGAAAAACAGUAGUAUCAGAUUUUUUUACAAGAUUAGCUCCAAAUUAACUGUACAUUAAAAAAUUAUCUAAACUUAAGAAUUAGUUUGAGGAUAUGACCUAAUAAAUGUCUCUAUACCUAAAGAUUUAUUUGCUUUUUUGUUAGUUAUUGUAAGUAGGUAUACUUAAAAUGAGGAGCAGAAAUACACAUUCAGUAAAAAUAGGAAAAGAGAGACGUAGUGUAAAGGUGGAUUCUAGUCUGUAUGGCAUGAACUGAAUUCACAGUCAGGUUCAGCACUUCAGAUGGGGGUUAGACUUGUAGGCAUCCUGUGCUGCAUGGAAGUCUAGUGUUUAAAGGAAGGUAUUUAGUUACACAACGUGGACUCCAAAUGCACCAUUUGCAAAAUGGUGUUCCGACCAAGAAAUAAUGGUCUGCUCGAACACUGGAGGGAAAAUGCCAGAGUAGCAAUAGCUCAUUGAUGGUACGUCUAGCCCUGUGGUGGCCCCUUGCAAAGAAUUGUUUGGCUCUGACUUUAGAACUUUACCAAGCGUAAGCUUCAAAGUCAUUGUUUUUGUAAAAAAAAAUCUAAAUGUGUUUGAUGUGACUUGUCGUUUGUUGGUGAGAUUUUAAGGACAGUUGCUGUUAGCGAAAUAUUCUCUGGUAAAUCUAUAAAAAGAGGUAAGUCCCUAAAUUAUAAGUGAGAAAAAUGAGGCAUAAGGAAAAUGAUUAGGUUGAAAUAUUUUGGAAAAUAGUAAGACAAAAUUAAUAUUUAUAUAGCAAAUACAGAAUACGUAACAAAUUAGUUUUUACAGAACUUGGCCUAUUCAUCUAUCUGAAAUUUAUAAUUGUUUAUAUUAAUAUGAUUUUUUGGAGCACCUGAUGAUAUAUCAUCUCUUUUGGUAUUAAUCUGUAUUUUAAGUCUUUUUCCUUCAGUGAAUAUGUGUGAUAUAUAAAAGAUAGAAAAUAAAGUAUGAUAUAAGUAAAUAGCUUAAAUUUUAUAUAAUUUAUAUCUGUUAUGAAGAUUGCUUAUCUUUAGUGAAUUCCUUUGCUUUCUAGGGAAAAAGUAUAUUUAGCUUUUUACCUAGUUUUUUCUAAUAAAAUAUUAAACUGUCUUGAGAACAGUGAUUGUUGUAUUAUUUUUAUACCUCUCAUCAAUGUGUUUUUAGAAAAUAUGCUAAUAGAAAAGAAAGUAUAAUAUAGGGCCAAAUUGAGAUAACCAGUGGAAGAUUGAUGAGCAGAAUGUGGUAUUGGUGUGAUCUUGAGAACUAAAUUAAAAGAUUGUAAGUGUUAGUUCAUUAGGAUAACACUAUGUUUGCUAUGUGUGUCAUCGUUUGCAUCUGAACUACUUUGUGUUUUGAGGUGGCAUAAGUGUAACUGUAAAUAAAGCACAUCAGCCUUUCCUUCGGAGAAAAA